ACCACUUUCUUUAGAUUUUGUACGAUAAUCGACAAAAAACGUCUUCUGCAACGAUGGAUUCAGCGAUUUAAUUGAUUAAACAUCGAAAAAUGUCCUCGUUUACCGAAUCACGUGCAGGCGGAAGUUUGGGUGGCUUAGUCGGUGUUGGUGGUGCUGGCGCCGUCGGUAGUGAGCCGCUAUGUUUGCAACGCAAAAGUGCCUGGGUACGAGAGUACCGCGAUCUGCAGGCCAACGUCAUGUCCGUCGACUGGACCGGAUCGUGGAUUCUGUUGGCCGGCCGUCGGUUGCUUGCGCUGCAGUCGUUGUGCGAUUACGAAGCAACUGACGGCAGCAAUGCACGCGCGGAGGAAACGGCAGAGUGCGGGCUGAGGAAGUUCCAGCGGCACUCGAAGUACGAGGUGACCGCCGCCGAGUGGGCCAUCUGCCAGAACAGCCAGGAAUACUGUGCGAUCGCGACCUGCCAGCAGAUCGAGGUCGUCACGUGGCGCUCCGGUGAGCCAACCCUGAAACACUCGCUUCGAGCGCACACCCGAAUGAUAACGGACAUCGACUGGCACUCGAAGGUGCCGCACCUUCUGGCCAGUUGCUCGAUCGAUACGUUCACGCAUCUGUGGGACCUUCGUGACCCACGGAAGCCUGUACUAUCGUUGAGUGCCGUCUGUAUGUCCGGUGCCAGUCAGGUGGGUUUUAAUCGGGUCUCGGGGAACCUGGUCGCUACGGCCCACGAUGGCGACCUGCGCAUCUGGGACCAGCGCAAGGGCUCCUGUCCGAUACAGUACAUCACAGCGCACCUGUCGCGCAUCCACGGUAUCAACUGGAGUCACGAUCAUGAGACGAGCCUGUCCACCGCUAGCCAGGACGGAACGGUGAAGUAUUUCGACAUAAACAACCCCCGGCGGGCGGAGAAAAUCAUCACCACGUCCUGUCCAGUGUGGCGGGCUCGGUACACGCCAUUCGCGGAUGGUCUGGUAACUACCAGCGUGCCGCAACAGGGCCGAGGUGAAAACAGUCUCCUGAUGUGGAACAAUUCUAAGCAGGACGCACCCAUAUGCGCGCUGGUCGGGCACACGGAUGUCGUCCUCGACUUUGCCUGGGGCCGUAAAGGUAUCCACGAUCCGGAACUGAUCACUUGGUCUCGCGAUCAAACCAUACGCAUCUGGCGCAUUGACGAGGAAGUACGUAAGCUAUGCGAGCGGUAUCCACCCGACGAUGACGAUGGUGGUUUCCUGAUUGAAGAGGGUAACAGCGCACCGAACGCACCGGGUAAAGCACCGCCGGCUCAAGGUUUCAAGAGUCCCAUACGCGAAAAACAACCCUCCGUUUCGCUGCAGCACGAAUUUUCGCUUCUCAAUCCCAACAUACCCCACAUCGACAUUGAGGUGUUGGAUCCGAUCAAACGAACCGCUACCGUUCGGAUCUCCGUCAACGGCUACGUCAUCAUGCUGCAGGUUAACUUUCCUUCGCUCUACCCCAACAAUGGCACCGUGCCGGAGUUCCACUACUGCCAAGGAACAUCGCUCGACGAUUCGCUCUCGGUGACGUUAAUGAAGGUCCUUCGGCAAACCGCAAGCCAACGGGUGAAAAAGGGACGCACCUGUUUGGAGCAGUGCCUGCGGGCGCUUGUGAACCAGCUGAAAAAAUCCUCCACCACCAACGGAGACCGCCAUCUGCGCCUACAAUCGCCACGGUUGGAGGGUGCGCUGAGUAGUGCACUGCACGACGCUUGCGUGCCCUUCCCCAAGACAUCCGGCGUACGGUUUAGCCAGGUGGGAAUCUUGGUAACGUUCUCCAGACCGCUGAAUACGAAACGGAUCAGUCUCAAGCAGCAAAACACUACCCCGAGGGCUCUUUCUGCGAUCAGCGGCGGUUAUCUGGGCAAUGUUAUGGGAUCGCAACCGAUCCUUUACGCACACAGAGAUCCCAGCGCAUCUUCGUUUUAUCUUCCCGAUAGGAAAUCUUCGCGCCACCGGGGCUCGUCGGUAAAGAUCAACGUUUCUGCCGUGCACGUUUACGACGUAUCCAAGAUUCUGUACGUGAGUCGCGAGCUGGCCGAAAACUAUAUCAUCAAUACAACGAAUGUGGUCGAAAUGUGUCGCCAUAAUCGCGCGGCGGCAGAAAAGUAUGGCCGACCGGAUCUGGUACAGUGCUGGUCACUUGCCGAAAUGAUUGCCCAACCGAGUGCCGACUUUGAUGCGGAUGACGAUAUGAUGUGUGCGCAGAAUCCAUUUGCAAAGAGUUUACUAGAAUCUCUAAUACAUCAUUUUGCGCGCAUCCACGAUGUUCAAACGGCUGCCAUGCUCUGCUGUGCCUUUGGACGUCACUGUCCGUCGGCGCUGGAGCUUUCGAUGAGUUCUAGCUCGAGCAGCAAAUCGAUCAAUCAAAGUCACUUACUUAGCGGUCAUCGAAAAAUUAAGCCCAGCGGAUCGCCUUAUCAUACGAUUCUACCGGUGGAUCCCUCCUCUAACCAAGGCUGGAUACUGGCACAACAGCUGAAGCAUCUGCGAAGCAACUCGUGGUCGGAUUCCCUAGACGACUUUCGAUUUGGUGCACCGGGUGCGGCUGGAUUCGGACCGGAUCUCAAUCGGAGCCUGUUAGGCGAUAGCAAUCGCUAUCUAUACGACAACUUCAAGCGCAGCUACGCGGAAAUGCUUUACCGUUGGGGCCUUCUCGUCCAGCGGGCCAAGGUGCUUAAGUUCCUAUCAAACUACGUCGAUACACCGCGGUGCGUAGAGUUUGUGACCGAAUGUCUGCACUGCUGUCGGGUGGGGGCACCCGCUUGUGCCACCUGCAAGAAACCGGUACUGUACUGCAGCCUGUGCCGUUUACCGGUACGCGGUGCGGCCAACGCUUGUCUGCAUUGUGGCCAUGGUGGUCACACGGAGCACAUGAGGAUAUGGUUCGAACGCCAUGACGUGUGCGCGUCGGGUUGUGGCUGUCCGUGUUUGAGCAAAAGCUCUAAGCUUUGCAAUUUGUAGCCUUAGAAUGUUUUAUUUUCGAAUUAUAAAAAUGUAGAUAACGAGAUGUUAAUGAUAUUGGGUAUGAAAAUAUAUUCAUUCUUUGAAAAUGUACACUUAUCGCUCGAA